CACUUCUGCAUCUCAUCGCCUCUCUCUCUCUUCCCCUGUGAAAUCCUAGCAAAGUUCCCUACUUAAUUGACCGCGCAUCGAUGGCGGAAACACCGAAGUGCAAGCUUCUUCAGACUCCAAAGAAACCAAGGUUAUCACAAACCCCCAACCUGAAAUACUCCGAGUCUCCUUCAGUCCCGCUUACUCCUCAGAUACCGCAAACCCUAGCCCCUCUUCGACGAUCUUCUCGCCGGGCGUCCCUUCCAGUUGAUCCGACGACUCCAUGGAAACUCUGUAGCGCGACUAUUGAACCCGUUCAGGAUUCGUUGCGAAAUUCCAGAUUGGUGACAAAUGGCGAGAAAACUGAUCUUGCAACGCCUCGAAGCUCAUUAGUUGAUUGUGCCAAAGAAGUUAUCGGAUAUUCGGUUCGAACCCCUAAACAAUCGGGCGAAGAAGAAUGUGCACAAAUCUUAAAUUCGAUUGAAGAAAGGAAGUCUAGGGAAGUCCCCAAACUAGGUGGAAAUGGGAGAAAAUCAAAGAAAAACGACCAGAGUGAUGCUGCUGAUAAUGUUUCAUUUUCUCCGGUUUCACCGGAUCAAUCAGAGAGGAAGAGGAGGAAAAAAGGAGAAGAGAAAAGGGUAAUGUUGACGAGAUCGAAGGCAGGAAAAAACGUCAAACCGGGUGUAAAGGGGAAGGAAAAGGAUAAGAUUAAAGGUAAGAAGAGGAUAUAUUACAAGAAAGUGCUGUAUGAUGGAGGUGAGUUCGAGUUAGGUGAUGAUGUAUAUGUGAAGAGGAGAGAGGACGCAAGCUCAGACGAGGAGGAUCCCGAUGUGGAGGAAUGUAGGGUGUGCUUCAAGUCGGGGAAGAGUGUCAUGAUUGAAUGUGAUGACUGCUUACAUGGGUUUCAUUUAACGUGCUUGAAGCCACCACUGAAGGAGGUCCCUGAAGGGGAUUGGAUUUGUGGGGUUUGUGAGGCAAGGAGAUCAGGUAAGCAGGUUGAAUUUCCAAAACCACCAGAGGGGAAGAAAUGGACUAGAACCCUGAGGGAGAAACUUCUUUCAAGUGCUUUGUGGGCUGCUCGUAUUGAGAGUUUGUGGAAAGAAAUAGAUGGUAGCUAUUGGUUUCGGGGACGCUGGUAUAUGAUACCGGAAGAGACUUCUGCGGGAAGACAACCUCAUAAUUUGAGAAGGGAGCUCUAUCUCACUAAUGAUUAUGCUGACAUUGAGAUGGAAUCUAUUAUUAGGCAUUGCUUCGUUAAAAACCCAAAGGAAUAUACCAAGGCCAACAAUGAAGGGGAUGAUAUUUUUCUCUGUGAAUAUGAAUAUGACAUACAUUGGCAUACUUUCAAGCGUCUAGCUGAUAUUGAUAACGACAAAGAGAUGCUAAAUCAAUCGGUGUUAUACAACAUUCUAGAUUGGCCUACUAAAUCACAUUCCAAAUUGGUUGUCAUAGGAAUAGCAAAUACUAUGGAUCUUCCAGAGAAGUUGCUUCCUCGUAUUUCAAGCCGGAUGGGUAUUCAAAGGCUUUGCUUUGGUCCCUACAACCACCAGCAGCUUCAAGAAAUCAUUUCAAGUCGCUUGAAAGGAGUUGAUGCUUUUGAAAAGCAGGCAAUAGAGUUUGCUUCACGAAAGGUUGCAGCUAUUUCAGGUGAUGCACGUCGUGCUCUGGAAAUCUGCAGGCGGGCUGCAGAAAUUGCAGAUUAUCAUGUCAAGAAGCAAAUAUCAAUCCCGAAUACAUCUGGAGGGAAAGGUCUUGUUGCUAUGGCAGAUGUUGAGGCAGCUAUCCAGGAAAUGUUCCAGGCACCUCAUAUUCAAGUAAUGAAAAGUUGCUCAAAACUGAGUAAAAUAUUUUUGACAGCCAUGGUUCACGAGCUAUAUAAAACUGGAAUGGCUGAGACCACCUUUGAUAAGUUAGCAAUGACUGUUUCAUAUCUCUGUACAAGCAAUGGAGAAGCUUUUCCUGGUUGGGAUUUGCUCUUGAAAAUUGGCUGCAACCUUGGUGAAAGCAGAAUUCUUAUAUGUGAACCAGGAGCCAAGCACAGAUUGCAAAAAUUACAGCUCAAUUUUCCAAGUGAUGAUGUGACUUUUGCACUAAAAGACGACAGGGAACUACCAUGGCUGGCCAAGUAUUUAUGAGUCAGGACUUGGCAGUUAAAUUUAUGUUUCACGAUCACAAUUUUGAUCGAUCACCUUUGAGAUUUUCAUUGCAAUUAUUCUGUGACAUUUACUUUUUAUUUAUAAUAAGAAGUCUAUAACUUCAUCAUUA